UGUUCUUGCUGAUGCACAACUGUGCUGUCACUGGCCAAGUUCUCAUUAGGAAGACCAUAAAUGAUACAGCAGCAGGGGCGGACUGACAACUCAUGGGGCCCCCGGGCAAUAGGGGAUCAUGGGGCCCCUGUGUCCUUGCCCAAACUCAAAAAAGCCUAUGAAAAAGGUACCAGGGGCAUCUCAUGGGGCCCCCUACUGACCCCGGGCCCUCGGGCAGUGCCGAGUUUCCAAAUGGUCAGUCCGCCCCUG